AUGUAUCAAAGUCCUCUAGAUUCAUCCAAAUUUUUUUCUGAUUAUUCUGGAAAUAAAGUAAGACUUGUUAAUUAUUUAUAGUAAAGUAAAAGUAAUAGAAAAUCAUAUCUAAAUUCCUUCUAGAAAUCAAUCAAUUUUAGCAAUAGAAAAUUUUGA